UGGAAGGAGGCAGAGUUGCGUUGAGGCUUGGGAUUGGUGGGAUGUAGGACGUGCCUCUGACAUACUGUUCUAACUGUUCAUUUGGACAGAGACGAGGUUUGAACUAUUUAGGAGUCAGAAGCAUUUCUUUGGCAGAAGCAAUCUGUUCAGAGCUGAUAUUGAACACGGAAGUAGUUCAUACUGACUGUUUAAUACCUGCCAAGUUUCCACUGCAGUGUGUCUGUCACUGAGCUCGGCCAUUUGAUCCAAGAGCACUCCUAAGGUAAGCCCUUGCUAACCUGUCUGCACUUGUGUAGUCAGAACUUUUUCUGUGAAGCCUGGGUGAGCUAUGCUGCGACUUGUUAGAGACCAGAGCUGGAGGGUGAAAUGCUGUGUGUGUAGCCAGCGGAGGUCGAGUCAUCAUAAAAGUGUGAUGGCUAUCCGACGGGAGGACAUUAAUGUGUGGGAGAGACGGGCACCUCUUGCCCCGCAGCAUGUGAAGGAAAUCACUGCAGCAGGCCACAAAGUACUGGUCCAGCCCUCCAAUAGGAGAGCUAUCCACAACAGAUUCUAUGAGAAAGCAGGAGCCAUUAUACAGGAGGACAUCUCUGAGGCUUCUCUCAUCAUCGGUGUGAAAAGGCCACCAGAAGAAAGGGUCAUUCCAAAAAAAACCUAUGCUUUCUUCUCCCACACCAUCAAAGCCCAGGAGGCUAAUAUGGGUCUUCUAGAUGAUCUUCUCAAAAAGGAAGUGCGGCUGAUCGAUUAUGAGAAAAUGGUUGAUGAAAAUGGGUUCAGAGUUGUUGCAUUUGGAAAGUGGGCUGGUGUUGCAGGAAUGAUUAACAUUUUGCAUGGUCUGGGUCUCCGACUCUUGGUCCUUGGACACCACACUCCCUUUAUGCAUAUUGGAAUGGCACACAAUUACAGGAAUGUCAGUCAAGCCAUACAAGCAGUCAGGGACUGUGGAUAUGAGAUCUCGCUGGGCCUCAUGCCCAAGUCCAUUGGUCCACUCACAUUUGUGUUUACUGGCACAGGCAAUGUAUCUAAGGGUGCACAAGACAUUUUCAAUGAGCUUCCAUGUGAAUAUGUGGAGCCACAUGAACUGAAAGAAGUCUCCAAAUCAGGAGACCUGACAAAAGUGUAUGGUACAGUGAUCAGCAGACACCACCAUUUAGUUCGAAAGAGUGAUGGGGUUUAUGAUCCUUUGGAGUAUGAGCACCAUCCUGAACGUUACACCUCUCACUUCAGAUCUAGUGUAGCACCUUACACAACCUGUCUGAUAAACGGCAUUUACUGGGACCCACACACUCCGAGGUUACUGCGACGCCUGGAUGCACAGAAGCUUAUGAGACCUUCAAAAUCUUCGUCCGCAGUGACCAAAGGCUGGCCCACCCUGCCACACAAGUUCUUGGCGAUCUGUGACAUUUCUGCAGAUACAGGAGGUUCCAUUGAAUUCAUGGCGGAGUGCACAACCAUUGAGAAGCCCUUUUGCAUAUAUGAUGCCAACCAGCACAUAGACCAUGAUAGUGUGGAAGGAAAUGGCAUUCUCAUGUGCUCCAUUGAUAACUUGCCGGCCCAGCUUCCCAUUGAGGCGACUGAGUAUUUUGGUAAUCGCGUAUUCCCCUACAUUUGGGAAAUGCUUCAGUCCGAUGCAACAAGACCACUUGAUGAAGAGAAUUUCUCUCCACAAGUCAGAGAUGCUAUAAUAACAUCUAAUGGGAAGUUGACUCCUAAGUUUGAGUACAUUCAGAAGUUAAGAGAGAAAAGGGAAUCGGAACAGAUCUUGAAGAAAUCCGGGAUGAAGCGUGUCUUGUUGUUAGGCUCUGGCUAUGUGUCUCACCCAGUUGUUGAGUAUCUCACCAGGGAUCCUGGCACCCAAGUCACUGUGGCAUCAGUGCUUCUAAGCCAGGCUGAGGAACUGGCUGCCAAAUAUCCAAACACCAUACCUGUGAUGCUUGAUGUGACUAGCCAAGAGAGCCAUCUCGAGUCUCUGGUCAAGGAUCAUAACCUGGUCAUCAGCAUGCUCCCAAGUACCUAUCAUCCUUUGGUAGCUAAAUAUUGCAUCAGUAAGAAGGUGAAUCUAGUGACGGCCAGCUAUGAGUCUCCAGCUAUGAAAGAGCUCCAGAAGUGUGCUGAGGAGGCUGGCAUCACCAUAGUCAAUGAGGUGGGCUUGGACCCUGGCAUUGAUCACAUGUUGGCCAUGGAGUGCAUCGACCAGGCCAAAGCAGACGGUUGCACUGUGGAGUCCUACAGCUCUUUCUGUGGUGGUCUUCCUGUGCCAGAGUGUUCCGACAAUCCACUCCGUUACAAAUUCAGCUGGAGGCCAUAUGGAGUGUUGCUCAAUACCAUCAAUCCUGCUAUUUAUCUCAAAGACAACCAGGUUAUCAGUAUUCCCCCUGGUAGGUGUCUAGAUGCCACCGUGCCCAUGGACUUCUUGCCGGGUUUUAACCUUGAGGGCUUUCCCAAUCGAGACAGCACCAUUUAUGCUGAACCCUAUGGCAUUGAGUCUGCGCACACACUGAUCAGAGGGACUCUACGCUUCAAGGGCUUCUCCAGUGCAGUGAGCAGCUUUAUAAAACUAGGCCUGAUCAACACUGAGCCUUGCCCAAUGUUGGAAAACACAGCCAAUCCUGUCUCCUGGAAAGAACUCCUGUGUAAGCAGAUUGGCUUGUCCUCUGAUGUUAGCACCGAAUCUUUUGAGAAAGCUGUGUUCAAUCAAAUAGGGAGAGAUGAGUUCAGGAUGCAGACUCUCAAAUGGUUUGAGAUGCUGAGCGAGGAGCCUGUGCCUCACGCUAACACUGUCCUGGAAGCACUCGCUACACACCUGGAGGCGAAGCUCUCUUACGAGAAAGGAGAGAGAGAUAUGAUCAUCAUGAGGAAUGACAUUGGUAUCAGACACCCUACAGGAGAACUUGAGACGAAGCACAUCAAUCUGGUGGUCUAUGGAGAUGCUGAUGGUUUUUCUGCCAUGGGGAAAACAGUGGGCUACCCUACUGCCAUCGUAGCUCGUAUGGUCCUAGAUGGUGACCUGAACACUAAAGGGCUUGUUGUACCAGUAACAAAGAACGUCUAUGCACCUGUUUUGAGGAAACUUCAGCAGGAAGGCCUUCAAUACACCACCAAAAGCACAAUAUCAGAGUAAAGUUCUGUAAAAUGUACUACUAAUGAUAAUUGGAUGAAUGACGGUUUCUUAAUCAAUUGUUUUUCACUUUUGUGUGAUGAGUGACUGAAUGCUUCAAAAUAUUUGUGGCUCUGUUGAGGCUUCCUCCUGUAAAAUUGCUUUUAUAAUAUAACGGUUUUAUUGAAACGUUCCUGCUUGUACUUCAGUAUAUAUCCCUCUAUCCCCUUAAACACCUGCGCAUAAAGCAGUUAUUUCAACCAAGAAGCAAACUAAACUGAACUAAACUCCACUUUUUUUUUUUUUUUUUGUGAAAGACAAAUAUUCUAGUAUGCAUUUCAAAGGGGUUCCCAAACUAGGGGGAAACUCUAUCUUCUCUUUUUAUUACGGUUGCUUAUUUUAGAAAUUAAUAUUUGUAAUACCAAAGGCAGAGUUUGUGUACUAAUAUUUUUGAAAUGUUACGCCAGUCCCAAGUCUGGAUAGAUUGGGGAGGAUUGCAUCAGGAAGGGGAUCCGGUGUUAAACCUAUGCCAGAUCAAUUAUACGGAUCAGAGCCGUUGUGGCGACCCCUAACGGGAGCAGCCGAAAGAAGAACUAGGAGUCCCAUUCAGCAAGCCACAUUUAAAUGAAUAAAUCAAGGUUAUUUUAAUCCUUUUCACUAUCCUGACACAUUGCCUUAAUGUAGUUCAGCAAUAAAAAGGGACAAAUUUCCCCAUCCAUCAACCUCUGCAAAACAAGCAAGCAUUAGGUCUCAAAUCACAUACUUGUACACUAUUCUAGACUCUUAUUGUACUAACACCAGCUUGGUUUUCCCAUUCCAGUUGGUGUUUGAAUUUGAAAAAACUCUGGUGUUGAGUUCAAACCUACUGAAACAUCCGUUUUGUGUACCAGUCUUCUGGAGGAGUAAAUACUUUUGAAUGUAAGGUCAGAAUAUUCGAAUUGAGAUACAGCCCAUGACAGCAGACAGCUUUGAAAGGUGCUUUGGAUACGGGGUUGUUUUUUUUUUUUUAAAUUAAGAUUAGGUCUCUAUUGGUUAAGUAGGUGGAGCUGAAUCCUGUUUGAAUUUGUGUGUAUACUACUCCCCCCCCCCCCCUUGUAUCCCCACCCAGUCUAGUCUAGCAUGCUAACUAGAGUUAAAAUUAGAAGGGACCAUCAUCACCAUUUCAAGCACACUGUAUAGCAUUUAUGAGAAUUGUUUCUUAUGAAGGCUAAGCUGCAGUAUUAGAAUGUUAGCAGUGUGUGGCGUGUCUGUAAAAUGACUGACAGUGUGGCCAUAUAAACACACACAUGCAUUCUGGACCGUAAUGCAGUUUCCGUCCUGCGUCAUAGCUAAUGUGGAAAGCUGCCCCGAUAUGGGUGGAGUACAGAAGUACGGCAGGCGGAUUGUUAGUGCUUCAACACACAUGCAUUUCUUUGCUUUUCAGCAAGACAUGACAGGGACAGACAUGUUCUGAUCCCAGCCACCACACUUCUGCUCUUCUCCUUUUAUACCCUGCUGUCUCUGCAAGAGACACACACAGACACGCGUUAAUUGAUGAUAGGUGUAGCAAUUUGGCCUCUUACCUUCCCCGACUCCACCCUCUGUUCACAAACUGCUGCUCGGCCACGCCCCCACUGCCACACUAAUUACUGUAAAGGUGACUGGACUUCAACUUUAUUCUGAUGCCCCACUGCCCAAGUUGUACCACCAAUGAUCAUGCCACUGCUCACCACCAAGAGACACUAGCUAACAGAAACUAAACGACUUGCGGUCGUUUUGAUACUCUCGCUGUGUCUGGUAUGAAUUUAUUUAUUUUUAUUCGUUACAUGUUCAUUAGAGCACAGUGAAAUUCUUUCUCUGCAUUUAACCCAUCUAGGGAUGUGAGCACAUUUACCCAGAGCAGUUUGGUGCUAGGUGCCUUGCUCAAGGGCACUUCAGCCGUUCCUGCUGAUCCAGAGAAUUGAACUGGCAACCUUUGGUCAUAAAGCUGCUUCACUAACCAUGGCUUCCCCUUUAGGCCACAGCUUCCCCAUGUAUGUAUGAAUGUAGAGUAACAACAUAACACUUUCCACUAGACUGGUAAAUAAAUCUCAUUCUCAUCUCAUUAUCUGUAGCCGCUUUAUCCUUCUACAGGGUCGCAGGCAAGCUGGAGCCUAUCCCAGCUGACUACGGGCGAAAGGCGGGGUACACCCUGGAC